AUGAAAAUUUUAACAUUCUACAAAGAAUUGAUAAAAACCCUAAUCAAAAUAGAAGAAAGAGAUAAGAUGAAUAACAAUCACAACAUGGUUAAAUCAGAUGAACUGACUGACAACCAAUUUAAUCUACAAAAAGCAGAAAAAAAUAAUUUAAUUAAAAUUUCAGGAGUCAAUUUUAAUGAAAAUAUGAAUAAGACAAUGUGUGAAAAUUUAGAUCACAUUGAAGAUGAAAAUAGAAGAAAAGAUAUUUUAAAUUUAAUAAACAAGUACAAACAUAUGUUUGCAAAAGCCAAAUAUGAUGUAGGAAAAGUGAAAUCGAAAGAAGCAGAAAUAAAAUUAACCAGAGAUGAAUAUGUAACAGCAAGACCAUAUAAAUGUAAAUGUUCCAUAGUUGAUGAAGAGGAAAUCAAGACUCAAGAAGUUAUUAGAAGCUGA